ACUAUGUGACAGACGAUCGAAAAUUUUCCGAAAGCACUCCUAGGGACGUGUUGUGCUGCAGUUCGUAUACUAACGCGGGAAGAAUUCACUGUAUUUAAUUUUUUAAGGAUAUUCAUGUAUAGACAAUGCCGAUAAUUAAAAUUGAACGGAUUUUGAGUUGUAGCAGCGAAGAUCCGAAUCACCCAGUGGCGAACCUCAUCAACGCUGACAAGAAGACGUGGAAAUGUAAGAACGUAGGCGAGAAGCAUGCGUCUGUCAUUCUGCAGCUUGAAAAAGAAACCAUCAUUAAUUCUAUCGAUAUUGGAAAUGGAAACAGUGCUUUUAUUGAGGUUUUAGUUGGUCGAUCAAGUACACCUGAUGAGGAUUUUGAGGUGUUGUUGGUUGCAUCAUCAUUCAUGUCACCGCUGGAGGCGCGCAGCGGUAGUAAUCCCAGUAGAGUACGUAUGUUUGCGGUGGACGCGUUAUCGAAGUCGGUGGCAGACCAGAAGUGGGACAGAGUGAAAGUCAUCUGCACGCAACCGUUCAACAAGCACGUUCAGUAUGGUCUGGCGUUCAUCACGUUCCACUCCGUGAUAACCGACGAUAAGCCCGCUGCCUUGGGGAGCAGACUCGGUCGUUUCGUCGUGAAGGAUGACGCCGAAGAGCCAAACUCCAUCAGCGCAGGGAGUCUGUUUGCUCGACGGAAAGAUAUUGAAUCCCAGCCUCUGAAAGGAGCAGCAGCAAUCCGUGAAGCUUCAUCUCCAACUGCCGUUCAGAAGCGCAGACUGGCAAAUGUUGGAGAAGUAUCUGUCAGUAAGGCUUCGUCGCCAGUCGCCGUUGCAAGACCCAGACUCGUACAGAAGGCGGAACGUCUGCCUCUGAAAGAACAGGUCUCUUGCAGUAAUGGCAGUCAGAAGGCAACAGGUGAGUGCUCAGAACAGCACAAGAAGAAAGCCAGAAAGAAGGAAGAGCCUCUUACAAAGAAACCCAGACUUCUUGGAAAACCGUUCAGGCAGCUGCUAGAAGGCGUUGUGCUCGUCAUCAGUGGUUACCAGAAUCCCUACCGUGCAAAUUUGCGCACCAUGGCCCUUGAGAUGGGGGCGUGCUACAAGUCAGACUGGGAUAGCUCAUGCACACAUCUGGUGUGUGCGUUUCCUAACACACCAAAGUUUCAGCAGGUCUGGGGGAAAGGGCAUAUCGUGCAGAAGGAGUGGAUUGAGAACUGCCACAGCAAGAGGAAACGAUUGCCGUGGAGAAGGUUUGCACUCAGCAAGGAAGACCACAAAAAGCCGGAAAGCGAGGAUGAGGUCCCGGAGCUGCUGCCUAGUGCAGAUGUUCCUGACUCACCCCUUCAGCAUGACUCUGGGGGAGGGAGCGAUGUUGAUGAGCAGCCAUGGUCUGGAUCUGACACAGAGGAUGAAAUUGAGAGGGUCAGGGCUGCCAAUCCAUAUGAUGCAGAGACAGAUGUGGACAGUGAUGAAGGACAGCCCAGUACUGCCAACAUGCCAUUGCCAAAGUUACCCGAUUUCUUUCGUGGCAAGUGUUUCUAUCUUCACAAGGAACUGAGUGCAGAUGUCAGGAGCAGGCUGAAGAGAUACAUUAUAGCCUUCAAGGGGUUGUUAGUGGACGAGCUGGAUGAUGUGCGGGUCACCUUAAUAAUUUCAAACAAGAAGGUUCAAUCCAAACAACCAGUAGUAAAACCUGAUUGGGUUUGGGAGUGCAAUGAUACAGGAAUGGUAUUGCCAACAAAGCCAUAUGAAUUUGUGAGUGUACCAAAUUAAAUCUCUUACGAAUGGGAAAUAAGACUUCUGUAUAUUAGGAUUAUGCAAGUGAUAUAUCAUUCAUUGUUCUUGUAUGAUUUGCAAUUACACGUGUUGUGUCUACAGAUUUUCAUAAUAGAUUUAGUCAAUAAAAAAUUAUAAUUAA